CUUUGUGUGCCAGAAUGUGGUAUUAUGGAGAUGAUCGACCAAAAACGUAGUGAAUGCGAAAACCAUCCGGACUAUAACAACGAGACCGCAGCAUGUCCAAGAACGUGGGAUAACAUCACUUGCUGGCCAGCUGCAGCAGAAGGAGAAAUUGUGGUUCUUCCUUGCCCAGAUUACUUUACCCUUUUUGCUUCUGGAAAAGGAAACGUCUCCAAAUACUGCACAAACGAGGGCUGGUCUGAAAUGAAUCCAUCCUAUAUGGUCGCCUGUGAAUUCUUCGGUAAUGACACCAAGACAGAUCAGCAGAAGGCUUUCUACGCCUUAGUUCAGACUGGAUACACCAUUGGACACAGCGUCUCCCUCAUCUCGCUGACCGCCGCCAUGAUCAUCCUCUGCAUCUUCAGGAAGCUCCACUGCACGAGGAACUACAUUCACAUGCAUCUCUUCAUGUCAUUCAUCAUGAGGGCCAUCGCCGUGUUCAUCAAGGACAUCGUCCUCUUUGAAAGAGGAGAGUCAGAUCACUGUUCUGAGGGUUCGGUUGGAUGUAAAGCAGCCAUAGUGUUCUUCCAGUACUGCAUCAUGGCCAACUUCUUCUGGCUGCUGGUAGAGGGUCUCUACCUUCAUACACUCUUGGUCAUCUCUUUCUUCUCGGAAAGGAAGUAUUUCUGGUGGUACAUCUUGAUCGGAUGGGGAGCCCCGACUGUAUUCAUCACCGCCUGGACGUUCACCAGGAUAUAUUAUGAUAACACUGGGUGUUGGGACACGAUUGAAUCCCCGAUAUGGUGGUGGAUCAUCAGAGGUCCCAUUUUGGUCUCCAUCUCGGUCAAUUUUAUUCUUUUCAUCUGCAUCAUCAGAAUUUUGGUUCAAAAAUUACAUUCGCCCGACGUGGGAAGAAAUGAACACAGCCAGUAUACGAGGCUGGCGAAGUCCACUCUUCUGCUGAUCCCUCUCUUCGGAAUACACUACAUCGUGUUCGCCUUCUUCCCAGACACCUACAAGAUGGAGGUGAAAAUGGUCUUCGAGCUCGUUCUUGGCUCCUUCCAGGGUUUCGUGGUGGCCAUUCUGUAUUGUUUCCUAAAUGGAGAGGUUCAAGGAGAGCUAAAACGUAAAUGGCGAAGAUGGCACCUCGAGAGGUGCCCAGGAAAGGAUAUGAAAUAUCACCACCCUUCAGUGGGCAGCAACGGGACCAACUUCAGCACUCAGAUUUCCAUGUUGACCAAAUGCAGCCCGAAAACCCGAAGAUGUUCCAGCUUCCAAGCAGAAUUUUCUUUGGUCUGAUGUAUGAAGGAUCGCUCAAAUGACUUCAGUACAAAACAUUUUGCCAAAUGUUGACGUCACCUCCUUGAAGUGGAUUCGGCGGGAAGCCUGAACACAUGCACUCUUUUUGAAUUGCACUUUACGAGGUUACGUAACCUCCCUUACACUCUUCUCGACCAAGUGAAUCAUUAAUGAAACAAGACUUGGAGCCUUGGUGGCUUCAUACUGGAAUGUCUUACAACAAUUUCUUGAGUGAGUCUUAAAAAAAAAAAAAAGAGUUUUGAGAAACUGAAUUUUCCAACAAAAAAUCCGAAACAAAAAGUUCUAAAUGUAUUUAUUUAAUCUUCACGUCUGAGCGCGAAAAAAAUAUCCUCAAGAAAAGAUGUAAAUGGACAAGCGGAAUCAAGUCAGGACUGAUAAGCUAAGGAACGAUCCCACUGGGUUUUCAGGCCCAUUUUAUAUUUAAUGUAAAAAUAUAAAUAGAAAAAAAAAACAUUUUUGUAAAUCAAAUCUUGUCGAUAGACAUUUCAGAAAAUGCACAAGACGUUUUACAAAAUAUCUCUAUUUUCUUUUCUUUUUGUAAUUCUAUGUAUUUUUUUAUUUUUUUUUCCGUAUAGUUUUCUCCCGCACAUCUGACUGGAUCGCAUUCAUGGCUCCCCGGUGUCAUCAGUUGGGUUGAUCAUGGAGCUUAGUAAAAAUGUUUUGCUGUUUUUAACUUUGAGAGCUAAUUUAGUGUAUUCCUAGACAUUUUUUUUUUUUUAGAUUCUUGUUUAAUGAAAAAAAUAUGUGCCAAAAUACUCCCAGAGGAAGAUAUAAAUGUCUGCACCUGUGUUAAAGCCAAACUAAAUGUCCGAAAAGAGAAAAAAAACUUUAUUUUUUACAGAUCUUAAAAAUGAUCUAAUAAGAUAUAUAUGAGAAGCUGCACAGUUUAUCUCCAGGAUGUAGAAGGAGCCAUAUUACCCUUUAGUUCAGAUUUAUGGUGCAUUCACUGUAAUGCUUAAAGGAGCGGUACCACCUCACGUGUGAUGAAAUUUAUCGUGUUGUAGAUCUAUUUCUGGUUGGAAUGAGAGCUCCGCCAUUGCUGCGACACAUUUCCUUCAAUAGUUAUUACACGUUACAUUUUUUAAAUUGCAGUACCACCUUUCGCCACUGCUGUUUUUCAUAGACUUCAAUGCAACAGCGCCCCCAGCUUUGACUUGUUCUUUGAAAUAGAAUAGGUUCGGAAUAAAAUAUCCACCAGAAAUGGUUGGACAAACAGAGGGUUCUUGAUGCAGAACGCCGGUGAUAUAGUAAUAACCACUACCCCACUCCUCAAUUAAAACAGUUGGAAAUAUACAAAAAAUACAUCUCCAAAGGAAUAAAAACUGUCCCAAAAGAAGAGGCCAGGAAAUCUGAUAACUUCAGUACCUCAGCAGCCUGUAAAGGUCCAAACGCAUUUCUCCAAUAUUAGAGGUUUGCAUAUUACCCGAGUAUCUAAUUGAGGUUGUUUUAGCUGAAUAUCUAUGUCUAUGGACUUUUCUGAAUGGUGGUUUAAUACCUUUAUGUAUAUACUGAUACAUAUUGCAUAUUGCAGUUCCCUGAUGAACCAUAAAUAUUGGUUUUGGACCUUUAGGACCUGCCGGGACACUGAAGUUAUCAGAUAUCCUGGUCUCUCCUUUGGGGACAGUUUUUAUACAUUUGGAGAUUUCAUUUUUGUAUGUUUACAAUUGCGUUACUUGAGGAGUGGGACAGUGGUUAUUACUAUAUUAAAUCACAGUCAUAUUACAUCAAGAACCCUCUGUUGUUGGUUUGAGUGACUCACUUUGUAUUCCCUUACAUUCAUGGCCUAUGGCUUACUGUGAAUCAUUUGGCACCUAAUCGAGUACUGUACAUCAACUGAAAUUUUCCAACACUUCUCACUAAGCAACUAUAGGGUGUCCCCCCAGUGUCAGACUUAGUUCUCCACCUUUUUCAUAGGUUUCUGUAUGAUUUCUACAAUGUCCUCAGCACAAUGAGGUAUUUUUCUUACAGCUUUCUAAUGUAUGUCCAGGCACCGUAAGACUUAAAUCCUACAAGUACACUGUAGAGCCUAUGUAGUCCUUUCAGACAGUUUAUCUCCACAGAGCUUCUACAUGCACCUCCGCUCAACACUGAAAUGCUCCUCAAAUAUAUAUUUUAUUCUUUUUUCUUUGCUUUUCUCUGGCUGAUAUUGUGAUCUAGGGCUGUGUUCAGCUGCAUCUGCACUUUCCACUGCCUGCUGCGACCUAACCCCUCCUCCCUAUGGGGAAAGGAUGACAAUAGCUUCACCUACCGAUAGUAACUAAGACCUAUUAACUCCUCGUACAUUAAAUGCAUACAUCACAUAAAAGCACGAGGGCAAAUGGAAGGGAAUGACACCUGUCUGCAAAAUCAGACUACGUCGGGCUUGUUUGUAGUCUGGUUCCAUGGACGCACAUGUCCGAAUGGGAGCUGUAUACACAAAGCGGUAUGAGAUUUUUUUUAAUCAAGACUAUUUGCAGGGUUGCUUCAUUUUUAAUUUUAGAUGCCCUGAAGCAAUAAAAUCAAGGUUGCAAAAGCAAACACGCCUUUUUACGUGUUUGGAUUUCAUUUCCCAUACAUGAUUGCUCGGGUCAGUGACAUUUAGCAGGUGUGGGAUACAUUACUAUAGAGUCACCUGGAAAUCAAUUCACGAGAUUGAGAGGCCCGUAUUUGCUGACAGCUAUAGACCUUUGUAAGAUUAGAUAUGUCUAUUUGCACAUGAUUAUGGAACUGUGUGAGAUCAAUAAAAUGGUAGAGACCCCCCCCCACUUCAAACACAUAAGACACCGUGAUACACUUGUACAAACACAAUAUCCGUUAAGUGGCCAUUAAGCAAGUGAUAAAUUAGUUAGAGAACUCCAGCUAAACCAGAAACUGACUUUUUCCACAAUGUACAGUACAUAGGUGCUCCAGACCGGUGCACUCUUAGGCUUUGUGUUACUGUAUGGUGUCUAUGAUGUAUCAACUCGUCUCUGUUUUCUACACAACCCAUUUUUGCAUGUGUGUGAGACUGCUCCUCCUCCUCCUUUAAAGGCAUACCCCCCAACCCUGUUUUUUUUAUUUUUUUUUGCAGGAAUGACCUGUUCUGGAAAAUAUGCCCAAAGUGGGUGUUUCUGGGGGGGUUUUGUGAACAUUCCCAGGCAGAUUGGGAGUGGCAAUCUGUUAAACUCCAUCUUCAAAGGGAUUGUCUGAUCACAGACCACCUGUUAGACCCCAUCUUUAAAGGGAUUGUCUGAUCACAGACCACCUGUUAGACCCCAUCUUUAAAGGGAUUGUCUGAUCACAGACCACUUGUUAGACCCCACAUUGAUCUUUAAAGGGGUUGUCUGAUCACAGACCACCUGUUAGACCCCACCUCAAUCUUUAAAGGGGUUUUCUGAUCACAGACUACUUGGUAGACCCCCCUCCCCAGAUCACAGACUACCUGUUGGACCCCCAUCUUUAAAGGGAUUUUCUGAUCACAGACCACCUGUUAGACCCCAUCUUUAAAGGGAUUGUCUGAUCACAGACCACCUGUUAGACCCCAUCUUUAAAGGGAUUGUCUGAUCACAGACCACCUGUUAGACCCCAUCUUUAAAGGGAUUGUCUGAUCACAGACCACCUGUUAGACCCCACAUUGAUCUUUAAAGGGGUUGUCUGAUCACAGACCACCUGUUAGUCCCCACCUCAAUCUUUAAAGGGGUUGUCUGAUCACAGACUACUUGGUAGACCCCCCUUCCCAGAUCACAGACUACCUGUUGGACCCCCAUCUUUAAAGGGAUUGUCUGAUCACAGACCACCUGUUAGACCCCAUCUUUAAAGGGGUUGUCUGAUCACAGACCACCUGUUAGACCCCACCUCAAUCUUUAAAGGGGGUUUCUGAUCACAGACUACUUGGUAGACCCCCCUCCCCAGAUCACAGACUAUCUGUUGGACCCCCAUCUUUAAAGGGAUUGUCUGAUCACAGACCACCUGUUAGACCCCAUCUUUAAAGGGAUUGUCUGAUCACAGACCACCUGUUAGACCCCAUCUUUAAAGGGAUUGUCUGAUCACAGACCACCUGUUAGACCCCAUCUUUAAAGGGAUUGUCUGAUCACAGACCACUUGUUAGACCCCACAUUGAUCUUUAAAGGGGUUGUCUGAUCACAGACCACCUGUUAGUCCCCACCUCAAUCUUUAAAGGGGUUGUCUGAUCACAGACUACUUGGUAGACCCCCCUUCCCAGAUCACAGACUACCUGUUGGACCCCCAUCUUUAAAGGGAUUGUCUGAUCACAGACCACCUGUUAGACCCCAUCUUUAAAAGGAUUGUCUGAUCACAGACCACCUGUUAGACCCCACAUUGAUCUUUAAAGGGGUUGUCUCAUCACAGACUACCUUUUAGACCUCACCUCGAUUUUUAAAAGGGUUGUCUGAUCACAGACUACUCGGUAGACCCCCCUCCCCUUUUUUAAAUGGCUGUCUGACCAUAGACAACUGCAUCAAUGGAAGUUUAAUAUGACGUAUGGGCCAACAGCGUAAAGUGCUCUCCUCUGGUACAUAGCGGGGCAGGUCCCGUGUGGGGAGUCCCCCUUUAUAUUGUCCAUAUACCUUAAUGGGUCAAAUGAACAGGUUGACAACCCCUAUAACUCCUGUUUUCCUACACAGAUGUCAGGUGACAAGUCCACAAAGUUACCUGACAACUAAGCUCCGCCCAGUUUGUAGAAAAGUGGAAGUCAGAAAAAAUGCAUCAUGGGAGACUAAAAACGAGGUCUACUCUUCAUUGUACAAUUAUUAGCAUGAUUACCAUCAAUCUCCUAUAAGGGGGAGUCGUCUGUGUUGAAAUGUGUCCCAGUUUGUGAUGACUGGAGUUCCCCUUUAAAUCCAUCACCUUAUAGGCUCUUAUUUUCAGGAAUUAUACAGAAGCUUCUCGACUAUCAAUGACAUUUUUCUCGCAAAAGAUGACUCGGUGCUAGAAUUUAUUUCUUAUUAUAAAGCAGCGGGGAUUUUAGAAGAGGUUUAAUAUUUCAUUUCUACAGGGACUGAGCAGAAUUUUAAAUAUCUGCCAAAAGUAACCUAAAUAGUCUGACUGAUGGAGGGUGCGCUUCUGAGCUCGCCGAUAAGGGGAUUUUGCAUUUUAAAUGAUGUAACCUUUAUUGAUAUGGGGACAGCAUUGAGAAAAUUGCAGAUUGAUUGAGUUUGCAGACUAUUUUUAUUCCACUGGAGUGGAAAGAAAAAAAAUUGGAGCUCAAGUGGAUGAAAGCGCUGUAUACCGAUGUAGCAGAGCUGAGGAGUUAUACAGAACUAAAGGUAAACGCACAAAAUAAUUCAAUGACAAGGUCGGCUCAGCUAUAUCAGUAUAUGUGGCCAGUGUAGGACUUCCGCUUAGGGGGGCUCACAGUCAUUCUUGUAAUAGUAGACUAGGGAUGGCCAACCUGAGGCUCUCCAGCUGUUGCAAAACUACAACUCCCAGCAUGCCCAGACUAACUACAGCUAUCAGCCUACAGCAGGGCAUGGUGGGAGUUGUAGUAUUACAACAGCUGGAGAGCCGCAGGUUGGCCAUCCCUGUACUAGACACUUCCAUUUAUAAGUUGCAGUACCACAUUUCACCACCAUACUUUUCAUAGAUACCAAUGAAACAGCGCUCCCAGCUCAGAUCAAAAUGAUUCCUAAAUAGCGCAACUUAUAUUUGAAAUGGAAUAAAGUAAUCCCCAGAAAUAGUCAAACCAUGGUAUUAAUCACUAAAAAGAGAUGCACAAUAUAUAUGUUAUUCCAAAAAACCUCCUUAAGGAUUAGUCCCUUUGGUGAUGAGGAGAUUAAAUCCCAUAUACCCAAAUUUGCAUGCAAUGGUAUAACUGGUUCGCACAAGUCCCAGCUUAUCUGUACUGACCACCUCCAGGCCAUAUAAAAUAUCCCAGUAGUUACAGAAAUCUUCAAGGUUAAAGAGUUUACAUUCAUGUGCUUUAAUUGUAGAGGAAGAACAAAAAAGAGGGGAUUUCAGAUCACAGGGACCCCCAAUCCGGUGCUGAUUCUACUUUGACACCACCAAUACUCCUAAAUAUAACCCUACGACCUAUGAACACCCUCACCAUCCCCUCCUUUCAUUUCUUAAGAUGCACAUAUUGUCAUAGAGGAAGGAGGGAGACUGGGUGUCAAACAGAUUCCCCAAGUACCAAUUUUAGAAUUGUGAAUGUACUUUGUUGAGUUGGAACUUGAUCCCUGACCGCUUGCCUUUCACACCCCCUGGCAUGAUUGUACCACUCGGAUAUAGUGGGAUGUUUCAGACAGUAGACCAUUUGGUGGGUCCAUUUCAUUGCUAGUGUUUUACCUGUGACUUGGCAUGAGAUACAGUGGGGUAACAAAUAUACAAUAAUAGUAAAUGAUGCAGAGAAAACACAAAUUAAGGCGAUUGGAAUAGAAGAAUUUAAGAAAAGUAGGGCUAAAAUCUUGGGGGACCGCCAUGGGUCUAUCAACAUCCCCACUGUUAAAAUCCCAUAGAAGUAUAUUAGAACAGUUACCCCUAAUUCUAUGAAUAUAUAUAUUUUGUGGAGACUGUGCUGAUAAGUCAGUUAUAGUCCUAUAAAUAUAGUGUAUGGUAUAUGAUAGAGGUAUUAUUUUAUAUUUUAUUACAGCAAAGGAAAAUUAUAAAUCUGUAUAUAACAUAUAUGUAUUUUUUAAAAUCUUGUUUAUAAAAUAAUAUGAAUAAAUCAAAUUCUAUGUCCUUCACACAAUAGGGAGCAAAUAUUAAUUAUGCUGCCUGUUUUGAGACACACAGUGUCACUACAAGUCCCAGCCCUGGUCCUUAAAGUGGUCCUUUUAUUGAAACGCAGCAAUUUUUGGGGCUGAACCAGUAGAAAUGAGUCUCUUUCACCUUUCUAACACAGGUAUAGCAGGCUGUAUAUGGUGACUGUUUGAUUGGAUGGCAUCUGCUAACCUACACAUUUUAAGGGGUUGUCCAAGAUUAGAAAAAUAAGGCAGAUUUAUUCUAAAAACUGCCCCACGAUUGUCCAUGGGCUGUGCCUGGUAUUGCAGCUUAGCCCCCUUGAAGUGAAUAGGACUGAGCUGCAAUACCACACAAAUAACCUGUGGACAUGUGUGAUGCCAUCUAUUAUUAGCCAUACACAACCCCUUUAAGGGAAUGAGACAUUUGGUAGCAUGUAUACAUGACUCAUGAUCAGGUCACAAAAAUGGCUGAAUCUGCAAUGUGUAAAUGAUGGGCCCUCUCAAUGCACCCCCUGCACUAGACGGCAUUAAAAGCAAUUACCUCAUUGACUCGUCCUACCUCUUAAGAAAUAUUUAAGAAGCUUUUAUUAGUCUUUUGCAGAGGACCAAGUUCUACGCGUAGAGUUAUUUUUUGAUUCUAAAUAUUUAGCCCUUCCUAAGAUUUACAGAAUAGUCACUGCACCCAGGGAUGUUCACAUAGCUAAAUGAAGAUGUGACCACACCAGCAGCUGCCCCGAGACCUUCUCUGCCCGUGGACCUCCCACUUUACGCUUUCAUCACAAAGUAAAUAGUAAUAAAGGAUACAGUAGGUUCAAUGGAUCAGAAAACUGAUCCCAAAAAAACAACACCCUAAGGAAUGUGAACUUAAAUUAGAUUAAUUUUUUGUUUUUUAAAUAACACUGCAACAUUGUUGCAGAAAUUUAAACCAUAACCACUCCCCCUGACAUUGCAACAGUGUUGCCAAAAUGUAAACAGAACGUGAAAAUGUCUCCUAACAUUAAAAAAAGCCUAAAUUUAAAAGGGGUUGUCCCAUGAGAGACCAUAUUUCUUUUUUACAUUUAUGAUCAUAGCGAUAAAAGUAAUUUGAUGGGAACAGAGCUGGAUUAUAGGGGGGGAUACAUGAGCUGUUUUAGGGCUUCCGCCACCCACCUUUCCAGCCCAAAUUGGAUUGGACGAAAUGGUUUUCUAGUAGAGGCAGAUCAGGGGUUAAUUUUAGCCUGUGGUCCAUCAGGUGGCCUCUGUCCAUUAUAAAGCCUGCCUAUGUGGAGCCACAGACAGCCUGGGUGGUUUGGAUGGCCACCCUUCCUAUAUGUGGCCGUCAGCUGAGGUCUGAUUCUUGGAGACUGAAUGGGUCCCCCAUCAAUUUUUUUUAUUUAAUUUUUUUAACCAAGGGACCCAAACUAUAGCCAUGAACAUGUAGACCCCUAGCUUCUCACAGCUCAUCACUCCUAUUCAUCUCUAAGGAGAGGUCAUGGGACAACCCCUUUAAGUCCUUGAGUUGUCCCUUUCAGCUUAAAUGAGGGUUGUUACCAGUGGGGGGUGUAUAAUUUAAGGACCAUAUGUCAUGGCCCCGUUUUUGGAGUCUUUGAUUGUAUAUGCUAAUGAGACCCCAGUGCACUCGGUGGCGGGCCUAGGUGUACUGCACAUGCACCAAUUAGUGAUUCCCUGGUGCGUGCCCAGAAUUAAAGGGCCAGGCAGGAAGACAGUGAGGGUGCCUGGUCCUAUCACUCAUGGGUUGGGCAGUGGCUAACGGGAGAAGGUGGAGGAGCUUUAGUGCUCCAAGGGGCGCAUGCGCCAACUGAAGAUUGACCAGCGCACGUGUGGGAUUACUGGGCCAGGCAGGAAGACAGUCAGAAUGCCUGACCCUGUCACUCAAAGGGGGGGGGGAGCGGAGGAGCUGCGGUGCUCCAAGCAGCUAGGCCAGCCCCUUGGUGCACUGAAGUUUAUUAGCCUAUAGAACCAAAGACUAAUUUCUCCGAAACGGGGCCACCAAUCGAAUGACUGUUUCAUUUAGCAGGCAGUAGGUGAUCUUCCUGACAGAUGCUCUUAGGAAUUCAGGAAAAGUCUGACGCAUUCACUGUGGUUUUCCUACAUGCCUUUUUUUUGCCACUGUUUUUGAAGAUUUUACAUCAGAAUUUUUUCUGAAAUUUUUACCAAAAAUGCUUCAAAAACAGCAGCAAACCAUAAGCAGCAGGGGAUGAGACAUCUGCGCGAGAAUGUACAGCGCGACAAGGGGCAAAGAUGCAGGGAAGAGAAAUUGAAGGGAACGAUGUGAAGGAAACUUUAUGAUCAAUUUGAGAAUGUGAAUUUUUUUUAUUCCGCUUUAUGUCAAUGUUUUUGGCCGCUCGGCCCCUGCAGGCUCUGCGCAUUAUCUGGUAUAUACGGCUCUGGAGUAUAACGGCACAGGCAAUGAAUGUACGUUUUCAUACAAUGUGAAGUGUAAAUACAGUACAGAAAAUGUCGCUUUAUUCCCUAUACUUUACCUUUUAAGGAAUUGUUUUUGUUAUUUUCGUAACUUUUUGCAUAUUAUUAAAGGAGAAGGCCUGAAAUAUCUAGAAUAAAGUGGUUUGAAAAUG